AUGCCUCGAAACCCAUCGCCACGCAAGGUCCGCCACCGUAGAAAGGUGGUGCACCGUCGAAAGGGCGGCGUGCGCAAGUCAAAAGCCCGGUCCUUGAUCAAGGAUGGCAAGCAAGGUCCGGAUGGAGAUGAAGCACCUCGCAAGGCAAAGCGCAAAUCUAUGCCCAGAAUGCCCGAGUCCGAAGAUCCAUUGGAAGAUAACGUGUAUGAGCGUGCGCUGAUGCCCAAGGGCUACACUUUCGUUCCGAAAGGCGAUGUCUACAUUACUCGAAAGUGCCGGCUUAUGACCAAGGAUUCUGACCAAGUUGUGUACAAAGUCUACGACAAAACGGGCAAGCGUUCCCUCGGAAUUCGCGUGCCCUCUGACAUCUACAAUGAGGUUGAAGCCAUGUCCAAAGAGACCGAAAAGUCUCGUGCCUCUGCCACCAAAGCCCGUGACACCAAAUUUCUCGACCAUGGACGAGAGCUCCUACGAGAGCAAUUCCCAUUGAUGCCAGAGGACACUCUCGAUGUCAUUCUGGAGCACGCCUUUCAAAAGGGUUCAGGUCGCGUGGGCCGCACUGGCACCCUUACCGACAGUCAUAAAGCCCAGCUGGCUGUCGAGGCCCAUGUUCGACACAGAUACACCCUCUACGAGACGAUGCUUGAAAAUGGCAUGAAUCGUUUCCUGGCACGCAAGAAAGUCUGGGACACCGUCCAGACCAUUCGCCAGGCUUGGGAGGGCACUGGAUCGAAGAAAGAUGAGUGUUUGACAUUGCGUUUGGGAUGA